GAAGUAUUUCGUCGUCGUACACUACGUAUUUUUUCUUCCUUUCUCAUAAAGUAACGCAGCGCAGACAUUGUUUCACCAUAAAAGCACCUUAACUUGACUCACACCACUUCUUCCUUUUUACUAGGCUUCUUUAAAGGCAGGAGUCGCUAGACCAUUUAUCUUGCGAGCGCCCCCCGCCCUCAAUCACACAAAAAAUGGCCGCUCUCGCUGCAAUAGACGCCUACGUGCAGAGCGGCGCUCCCAUCGAUGACCCCAGGCUCGACCAGUGGGUGCAGAUGAGCGACAUCUCCAACGCCGGCGGCUUCUUCGCAGGCGAUGCCGUGACGGUGGCGGAGAUGACGCGGCGCGUGACGAGCACCAUUGUGACUAAGUACCUGAACAGUGAGGACACCAAGGAGGUGCCGCUGCGCCGCAAGACGAAGUUCUGCCUGCUCCUCAACAACUUCGCGCUGUACAAGCCGGUCCGCCAGGUUGUGUUCGAGAGCCUCGAGGCGAUGACGAGCAUCUUUGAGAAGUCUAUCAAAGAUGAGGGCACCAUGCCGUUUGACUCCGAGCUGGGCCGCAUGUCGGAGCACGUGCUGGUACUGCUGAUGCGUGUGAUGGACUACCAACUGACGGCCUCCGCGGUGCACGAGUUUGCGGAGCACAACACGCAGUUUGCCAUUCAGCUGUUGUUGGCCAUCUUGUUGAAGGAGCCGCCGUACGAGUUUGAGCUGCGGUGCAACUGCAUUAGUGGUCUGCUGGGCUUCACGCAGCCCCAGGCGUUCUUCGGCGCGGGGGAGAAGAUCGAGGAGCACAGCUGCACCAACUUCACGGAGAAGGUGGACUUCAUGCUGAGCCUGAUGCUGCGUCUGCAGGCGGUCCAGGUGGUGAGCGAUGUGCUGGGCGACGCCAUCGCCGCGACGGACGACGUGACGCCGCUGGUGCAGCACGCCGUGAACAACACGAUGCGCACCAUCAUGAACAUCUUCAAGUUCUGCUCCAAGGAGGCGACGCAGUGGCGCCAGCACAUUUUGCUCUCUACGACGUUCCUCGACGGCACGGUGAUGAUGUACGUGCAGUCGCUGGCCGCCACCUUGCACGUCGCGAUCACCGCCAACCCGCCGCGCGUUGCGGGCGAGCUGCUGCACUCGCUGAACCUGUCCUUCAUCUUUGGUGCCUUCGCAACCUACAACAUGGAGGAGGCCAGCGAGGAGGUGCGUAUCUUCUGCACAUUCUUCCACGACCUCUUUCAGCUCUCCAUCCGCCCCGUCGUGACAGACGCGCGCCUGUCGGGUCAGGUGAUGGUGAUGUACACCAACCUGCUGCACUUUAUGUGCAACGUCGAUGCCAUGGCGGACACCGACUUCCCGAUGGACGACCUACUGCCGGAGCUGACGAGCUCGGCCCUGCGCGCCACUGUUGACGCCUUCAUCCGGAAAGAGGUGGGCGGCUGUGGCUUGCCCUUCACCCAGGCGUGGUACCAGCAGUUUCGCCGCAACACGGCCGACACGCUGCUCGCGCAGGACUCAUCGACCUACCAGUUUAUUAAUAAAUCCUUCACAGACGUCCUGGCGCAGCUGUCGGCGAAGCAGGUGCCGGUGGUGGCGCCGAAGCAGCCCACUACGCGCCUGCUGGGCGAGAUGCCGACCCUCAAGCCGGAGAAGAAGAACAAAAUUUCCAUCGCCAAGGCGGCGGCCCCGAUUCAGCACAAGAUUAAGCCGGGCGCGAAGGCCGACAACGUCGAGGGCGUCGACCCCGACCUGCUGUGCGCGCUGACCGGCCGUGUCAUGAAGAAUCCGGUGUCCUCGCCGUACGGCCAGACGUACGAGAGGGAGGCGAUCAUGACGUGGUUGGAGCAGAACGGCUCUGUGUGCCCAAUCACCGGCAAGCCGUUGACAGCCGCGCAGCUGCGUCCGAACGAGGCGGUGGCGUCGAAGAUGCUGCAGCAGAUGGUGCGCCAGACCAUGGCCACCCAGUCCGCAGCGGACGACGACAUGUACAACUUCUAA